GAUUUGAGACCGGCUGCUCGGAAAACACGUGUUUCCUCUUACUUUUCUUCACCCUUUCUGCCUUUCUUAAAAGCUCAGGGGACGAAGGGAUAUUUUCCCUACAAGAAUCAAAGCGCUUGCUUGAUACUUGUUACCCAUACGCCCAUACCAAGUCAAAAUGGCCGAACGAGAUGAUGACGUAGCCCACGAGUUUCCCUUCUUCCGCGUGCACAAAGACGGCAGAGUUGUUGUUUUCCGACCCCCCACCGAAAAAAUCCCACCUUGCGAUGACCCCAUUACCGGCGUCCGAUCCAAAGACGCUAUCGUCUCCGCCGAACCUCCCGUCUCCGUCCGGAUCUUCCUUCCCAAGAUAACCGACCCCAGCCGAAAACUCCCCGUCCUCCUCUACAUCCACGGCGGCGGGUUCUGCAUGCAGUCCGCCUUCUCCCGCCAGUACCACAGCUAUGUCGCCACGGUUGUCGCUGAAGCAAACGUCAUCGCUGUCUCCGUCGAGUACGGUUUAUUCCCGGACCGACCCAUCCCCGCCUGCUACGAGGACUCAUGGGCCGCGCUCCAGUGGAUCGCGUCGCACGCGGGUAGAUCUGGACCCGAGUCGUGGCUGAACAACCAUGCCGACUUCGAAAGAGUGUUCGUGGGCGGCGAUAGUGCUGGAGGCAACAUAACCCACACGGUGGUGGGUCGGGCGGGGAAAGUGGGGUUGUCGGGUUUGAAGAUAGUCGGGGCGGUUCUGAUGCACCCGUUCUUCGGGGGCACAGUAGAUGAUCACAUGUGGAUGUACAUGUGUCCAGAGAAUGAAGGGCUGCAGGAUAGGAGGAUGAAACCGGCCGUGGAGGAUCUGAAGAGACUUGGGUGCGAGAGAGUGUUGGUGUUUGCGGCUGAGAAGGACCACUUGUUUGAAUCGGGAAGGAAUUAUGUGAGAGAGUUGAAGAAGAGUGGGUGGGGUGGUGAAGCAGAGCUUGUGGAGAAUUGGGGUUCAGAGCAUUGCUUUCACAUUAUUGGGAAUCCCAGAGAAGGUAAGGCUGAGGAUUUGCUUCAAAAGCUCGUCUCUUUCAUCAAACGCGACUCAUGAGUCUCCUUCUCCCUCAGUUGUUGUGUUGUGGCCUCUACUCCACCAUGAAUAACUGAUCACUAUCAUUUCUCUUCUGUAAUUGUAUUAAUCUUGUCGUUAGCUUUAAUCAAUAUUGUUUUUGUUUGCUGCC